AUGCCUCAACAAACAACGAGCGUCCAAGACUAUCAGAAUCUCACCUUUUGUGUUCCAAAACGAGGCUCAGGUCUAUAUUCUGAUGCGACGUCGAACCUCUCUCGGCCGGUUGUCGUGUCUUCUCAGGUUGAGGGCAUGGGUGUUGGUGGUAUCAUCCCGCCAAACCAUGUUCUAUUAAAGGUGGACAGAUUUGGGUUUAGUGCGAAUAAUGUCACCUAUGGGUUGCUUGGUGAAGACCCACAUUUCCGAUAUUUUGAAUUUCACAACGCACCAAAUACGAACACUACGUCGUCAAAGACACAUGGAGUCAUUCCCGUCUGGGGUUAUGCAACUGUCGUUCAAUCGACGCAUCCACGCAUUUCUGUUGGCGAGCGAGUAUUUGGAUAUUUAGGAAUGUCCCGGUAUCUCUUACUACCGGUGGACCAUGAUGUCAACAAGUACAAUUUCUACGUGCCCAGACCACAUCUCCCAGAAGGCACGUAUCAUGUCCCAGUGAUAAGGUGUCCUCUAAAGUGCUUUGAAGAUAGGAGACCGUACAACCAGAUCACACGCUGUGCAGCGGAUCCGCUCUACGAUCCCAUGAGGGAGGAUGAGCUCAUGAUCUACCGUCCACUAUUCUGGACCUCAUUUUGGUGCGAGGACUGGCUCCAUACGACCAAGGUAGCCAAGGAUACGGACGGAAUCAUCAUCUCCUCUGCUUCGGCAAAAACGGCAUACUGUCUUGCCUUUGUCCUCAAUCUCCGUCGCCUGUAUGGCAAAGUGGCCCUCCCAGCAGGUGCUGACUGGACGGGGACCGGAGGAACAGCCCAACCUCGUAUCGUUGGAGUGACUUCCAAACGCAAUCUCGAGUUUACCAAAAGCUUGAGGCUCUAUGACGAAGUCUUUACAUACGACCAAAUCAACGAACUAGCAAAACGUGGUUCCCGUUGGGUGUAUGUCGACGUUGCUGGGAACAAAGAGUUUAACAAUAAGGUUUUCAAAUCAUUCGGAUCUCACAUCGCCAAAGGUGUCUCGUUGGGAAUGUCUCAUCCCUCCUCCUCAAAGGAGAAUGAGUCGUUCGCUAAUAGCAACUCCCGGUUGGAAAUGUUCUUCAUGCCGGAGUGGUUGGCUGUGCGGAGGACGAAUACUAGCGUCAAGGAGAUUACGCAACUGCAGUUUGCCGGCUGGGAUGCGUUGAUGAGGACAUGCCAUCAAUGGAUCCAAAUCGAGCGAGUUUGGUGGAGCGGUGCUGCUAUUUGGCAGGAUAACGUCAAGGAAGUCAUAGAAGCGUACGAGGAAUGCGUCAAUGGAGAAAUUGGACCGGACAGGGGUUUGAUACUCAGCAUGUGGGAAAAGGGUCAGUUUGAUAAGACAUCUCAAGUAAAAGCGAAAUUGUAA